AUGAGCGCCUUCUCAGUCAACUACGAUAGCGACGCGGCCAGCGAUGAGCGACCGACGUCGCAACCUGCACGAACCAAAAUCCAAGCAAAUUUUCAAAUUGCCCGACCAGCCCCGAAAUCAUCGCUCCGACUGUCCGCAAAAUUAUUACUACAAAUCCAACAACUCUCACAUAACCACCGACCAGUUCCAGUCCUGGAAAUAUGGCAACCCCCAUUGCGCAAAUCAAAAUUGACCCGGGAUUUCCCUCAACGACCAAAACUACGGGCGGGCGAUAUUUACGCGACUCUCGAUGAACCAUACCUUUCCAGCGCACCGGCGACACGGAAAGAAUCCACAAAAUCCGACGCGCAGGAAAGCACUAGCAGCAACCUGGAAAAUAAAGACAUCAUAGCGGCAAUUUGCCAAUCUACUGGUGAGAAGGCCCGCGCCUCAACUAUACACUUUCGCGACGCACAAUGUAGCUGGCAGGCCAGCGUGGGCACCGCGGGUCCUGAAAAUACACCAUGCUACCGAUUUACCAUCAACGAUGAGAGCAGAGAAAAGAGCGAUCCGGGACGAAUGAUUAUGCAAUGGGAAAAGCGCGGCCUUGCUGGCAAGGACGAGAAUUCCUCACAAUCAUUCAAUUCGGAUCAGUUCGUUCUAGUGUUGAUCGAUCGCACGGCACGGCGAAAGAGCCGCAUAGCGACGAUGACCCCUGGUGGGCUGGAAAUCAUGGUCCGGAAAACUUCUAUCAUGGAGCACUUACAGGUGUGCAUGGAUUUAACAAAUCCUAUAUCGACAGCAACGGGCGGCGAUCGGGAUGCCCACGAGAACUUGGAAAUGUGGUUGUAUACGCACGUUCUUACAUUGGGAGUAUGGGUGGCCCAGCAAGAAGGGUGGCUUGGUUAA